GUUACUGGCGUAGUGGGACGGGCUGAGACAUUAUCGUCGGUUUACUUCCUGGCCGCGUUCUUGUUCUACACCAAAGCGACUAAGAGGAAAAAAUCUACAGGAUGGCGCUAUCUGAUGUUGUCAAUGUUGUCUAUGGCAACAGCCAUGUUGUGCAAGGAGCAGGGAAUCACCAUAGCCGGAGUAUGCACUGUUUACGAGCUGUUCGUCGCUCAAAAGGUAGGCUUAAUUCAAACUUAUUCUAUAUCUUUAGUUUUGAAAGUAGACUGUAGUCACAGUAUCUACAGUGUG